UCAGCUGGCCUUAUGCUUAUUGGUUAUGUAUCAAAAUGGUGCUAAUUGCUUAGUUUCCAGUACUGGGUUUUGAAUUUUGAUCAAGAAUUGAUAUUCUAACUUGUCCUCAAUUGAUCUUGGAUUCAUCAUCACUUUCUUUAGAUUCAUUUACCUUAUCAAUGACUGCUUUGCUUGCACCCUUUGAUUCAGAAGAUUCAGGACUGACUGCUGCUGCUGUUGGUGCUUUUGAAUUAGAUGUAUCAGCGAUAGUUGGGGGGAUAUUCUUAGGAACUUCCUACAGACCAACAAUGAAAAUAGAACUCUGUGUGUUAGCAAUAGAAUAUUCAUCUUGCAGUUGGCACUUGCUAGAAAAAACAGAGCAGUAAUUGCAAUAAAGGUGUAAUCAAGUAUGAAGAAGAGCUAGUACUACUAUUUCUGCUUUGAAAUUAUUGAAGGUUGGUAAAGGGUAUGAAACGGUUGGGUAUAAAAAUAGAAGGAUUCAGUGGGAACCCACGGCUGCAAGUUGAUAAGUUAGUUCAUGGGGGAGUUAAGCAUAGAGACAAAAGUUUACUGUGAGGGAAUGGAUGUGGAGCAAGAAAUUGCCCAACUUUCGCUCUGUGAUUUUAUCCAAAUUUCCUUUGGUUUUUCGGUUUGUGAGAACUGAAAACUAACUUCUAGAUAUAAGAGGAAACCUGCAGGUUAGGGUUUGAUGAGUUGGGAAAGCAAGAGGUGAAACUAGAAUUAGAGAGAGGCUGUUUGGUCGUUAACAUGAGUUCUUACCACAUUACGUUGGGUAUGGUCGCAAUCUGAACUGUUCAAAGGUGCAAUCAUCCAUCUUUGGGGCCUCUAUCUCAACCUGGUCGUCUUCCUUACGCAGCGACAGAUCGGCAAAGGAGAAUAUCUCUAGAAACUCGGCUCCAAAGUGCUAAGUAGAGUUGGACCACCUCCUUGGGAAACCUAAUACAGUAAUUUGUUGGACUUGCUUUGUUUCUUGCGUCUAUAUGGCAGAUUCCGGUGGAAAUGCAGAACCUGGAGAAGUUUGCAACUUCUUCAGGAAGCCAACAACAAAGAGAAAUUUCAGAAAGCGUACUUCUGAAGCUGAGGACGAUGAGGAAUCAAAUUCUGGGAGUGCGGUAUUACCAAGUCAAAGAAAAGCUGCAAAGCCUGAUGGCAAGUUGUUUUUUUCUAGUGGACCCUCUAAGAGCUCUGCAUCUGAUGAUGGGAAAGUAAUUUUUGAGUUUAAGUCUUCAAAAGAAAUCCAAGUUGAACACGAUAGCAGAGCAACAGCGACACUGGAGACUGAGACUGAGUUCUCUAGAGACGCCCGGGCAGUUCGAGAGAGAGUUCUUAAGCAGUCAGAGGAGGCCUUGAAGGGAACCGGGAAAAGCACAGGCAAUGAAAAACUAUAUAAAGGGCUCCAUGGAUAUACUGAUCAUAAGGCUGGGUUUCGUAGAGAGCUAACAGUGGCCAGUGAAAAAGCGGGAGGUUCCCAUGGGCCUCUCAGAGCUUCUGCUCACAUCAGGGCUUCCACACGAUUUGAUUAUCAGCCAGAUAUCUGUAAGGAUUACAAAGAGACUGGUUACUGUGGGUAUGGAGAUUCCUGCAAGUUUAUGCAUGAUCGUGGGGACUACAAGUCUGGCUGGCAGAUGGAAAGGGAGUGGGAUGAAGCAGAGAAAGUCAGGAAGAGAAAUUUAGCUUUGCGUGAGGCUGGUGAGGAAGUUGAUGAUGACGAUGACAACGACGACGACGACGACGAUGACUUGUUACCCUUUGCAUGUUUCAUCUGCAGACAAACUUUUGUUGAUCCUGUUGUAACCAAGUGCAACCACUACUUCUGCGAGCACUGUGCACUAAAGCAUCAUUCAAAGAACAAGAAGUGCUUUGUGUGCAACAAGCCGACUCUUGGCAUUUUCAAUACAGCUCAUGAAAUACGCAAAAGGAUAGCUGCAGAGGGCAAAUAACUGCUAUGCAUACUAGUUAGUUUUGCUUUGAAUUAUGGAAGCACAAAUAUUUUUUUUUUCAUCUUCUAUUUUGGAUGCACUGGAUGUUAUAUAGGUUGGCAGGCUCAUAGCCUUGCAAUUGUCAGUGUUAGCAGAUUCAUUGCUUCUAAGACUUGAUAUCAUUGCUUAAACUUUUUCUGUUACUAGUAUUGUGAAGUGACAUCGAACUUGGUUCCACAAAAUGUAUUAGUGACAGUAGUUAUUCUCUA